UCUGACUUUCUGACUUUUUCUUUUCUUUUCCUUCUUUUGUUUGGUUCUCGAGAAAGUUUAAACAGGUAAGAAGAGCGAUGAAUGCAUUAGUGGCAACCAACAGAAACUUUAAGCUGGCAGCCAGGCUUCUUGGUUUGGAUUCUAAGCUUGAAAAGAGUCUGCUCAUUCCUUUCAGAGAAAUUAAGGUUGAAUGCACCAUACACAAAGACGAUGGCACUUUAGCUACUUUUGUUGGAUUCAGGAUUCAGCAUGACAAUGCUAGAGGACCCAUGAAAGGAGGAAUCAGAUAUCACCCCGAGGUAGACCCCGAUGAAGUGAAUGCAUUAGCACAACUAAUGACAUGGAAGACUGCAGUUGCCAAUAUCCCCUACGGUGGGGCUAAAGGUGGGAUAGGAUGUAAUCCGGGAGAGUUAAGCAAAUCCGAACUACAACGCCUUACUCGAGUUUUCACCCAGAAAAUACACGAUCUUAUUGGCAUUCAUGCCGAUGUUCCAGCACCGGAUAUGGGCACAGGUCCACAGACAAUGGCAUGGAUACUAGACGAGUACUCAAAAUUCCAUGGCCAUUCACCUGCUGUUGUCACUGGAAAACCAAUUGAUCUUGGAGGAUCACUUGGCAGAGACGCAGCCACUGGCCGAGGGGUACUCUUUGCAACAGAGGCUCUUCUUAAUGAACAUGGGAAGUCCAUCUCUGGACAAAGAUUUGUAAUUCAGGGUUUUGGAAAUGUUGGAUCUUGGGCAGCACAACUCAUCCAUGAAAAGGGAGGGAAGAUUGUUGCAGUAAGUGAUAUAACAGGGGGCAUCAGGAACAGCAAUGGCAUUGACAUUCCCAAUUUGGUCAAAUAUGUCAAAGAAAACAAGGGUGUCAAAGGCUUCCAUUAUGGAGAUUCCAUCGAUUCAGAAUCCAUUCUUGUUGAAGACUGUGAUAUACUCAUCCCGGCUGCACUUGGAGGCGUUAUCAACAGGGGAAAUGCAAAUGAGAUCAAAGCGAAGUUUAUAGUUGAAGCUGCUAACCAUCCCACUGAUCCAGAGGCUGAUGAGAUUCUAUCAAAGAAAGGGGUGAUUAUUCUUCCAGACAUAUAUGCAAACUCUGGAGGAGUCACUGUUAGUUACUUUGAGUGGGUUCAGAACAUUCAAGGUUUCAUGUGGGAUGAAGAGAAGGUGAACAAUGAGUUAAGGAUGUACAUGACCAAGGGGUUCAAAGAUGUUAAGGAGAUGUGCCAAACCCACAACUGUGACCUUCGAAUGGGAGCCUUUACCCUCGGGGUUAACCGCGUUGCUCGGGCUACUGUUCUUCGAGGUUGGGAAGCAUGAGAAUGCAAAUUGCUAAUGCUGCUGGUUUUCGAAUAAACAUGGAGGCUACUAUGAACCUCCUAAUUCUUGUCCACUAUUUUGGUAAAAGCCUCAUUUACAUUGAGGAGCUUCAAAUGAAGUUUUGUCAUUUGUAUUUCUUGCUUUAAUGUUGAAUUCUACCUUAGUGCAUGCAAUCAUCGGAU